UCGAAAGCAACCAAACCCCGCGCGGCGCCACCGCAAGCGCAAGGAUGCUUCCGCCAGCUCAGUUCUCCCACGGCGACUUCGUCGCCGUCCUCUCCCGCUGCGCCACCCUCGCGCACCUCAAGCAGCUCCACGCCCACUCCUUCCUCACCGGCCGCGCCGCCGCGCAGACCACCACCUUCCACCUCCUCCGCUUCGCCUCGCUCCGCCUCUCCUGCCUCCCCUACGCCCGCCGCCUCUUCGACUCCACGCCCCACCCCAACGUCUUCCUCUACUCCGCCAUGCUCUCCGCCUACGCCGCCGCCGCGUCCCCAGCUCACACACACUCCCGGGACGCGCUCGCCCUCUUCCUCCGCAUGCUCCGCCGCGGCCGCCCCGCGCCCAACCACUUCGUCUACCCGCUCGCCCUCCGCGCCGCCUGCGCCGUCGGCGUCCAGCUGAUCAGGUCGAUCCAUUCCCACGCCCGCAAGACCGGGUUCCACGCGUACGAUGUCAUAAGGACCUCGCUGCUCGACGGGUACUCCAGGUACGGGAUGAUGCAGGACGCGCGGAAGCUGUUCGAUGGUUUGACCGACAGGAACGUGGUCUCCUGGACCGCGCUGGUGUCUGGCUACGCGAGGGCCGGGAAGGUCGGAAACGCGCUCGUGAUGUUUGAACGGAUGCCCGAGAGGGAUGUGCCUGCGUGGAACGCCGUGAUUGCUGGCUGCACGCAGAAUGGGCUGCUUGUGGAGGCUGUGGGGAUCUGUAGAAGGAUGGUGGACGAGGGGUUCCGGCCGAACGGGACAACAGUUGCGUGUGUUCUCUCUGCAUGCGGGCAUCUCGGGAUGCUGAAAAUCGGGAAGGUGAUCCAUGGUUAUGCGUGGAGGAGCCGUGUUGGUUUUGGCUCGUCUGCCGUGAACGGGUUGAUUGAUAUGUAUGGUAAAUGUGGGAACUUGAAGGAGGCGAGGUGGAUGUUCGAUGAGGUUUCCGAUAGGAGUCUGACCACGUGGAACUCUCUGAUUAAUUGCCUUGCACUGCAUGGGCACAGCAAGAGUGCGAUUGAUGUGUUCAGGCAGAUGAGGGAUGAAGGAAUUGAACCUGACGAGGUUACGUUCGUUGGACUGUUAAAUGCAUGCGCCCAUGGUGGAUUUGUCGACGAAGGGCUUAAGUACUUCAAACUCAUGUGCGAUGAGCUGAGGAUUGAGCCAGAGAUUGAGCAUUACGGGUGUAUUGUUGACCUUCUUGGUCGAGCGGGGCGGUUUGAAGAUGUAAUGCAUGUUAUCAAAGAUAUGAAAGUCCAACCAGACGAGGUCAUUUGGGGGUCACUUCUCAAUGCCUGUAGGACACACAGGCAGCUAGAGCUUGCUGAGUUUGCUAUAAGAAAGCUACUGCAGUUGAAUCCAAACAAUGCUAAUUAUGUUGUGAUGCUGGCAAACUUAUACAGUGAAGGUGGAUUCUGGGAAGAAGUUACGAGGGUGAGGAAGCUCAUGCAGGAGGAACUUAUGGGCAAGAAACUGCCUGGUUGUAGCUGGAUCGAGGUGGACCGCAAAACACACAUUUUUUACUCUGGCGAUGAUGCUCAUCCUGAAUCAGAGAAUAUCUGUAACAUUCUCGAGGAAUUAGCGGCCUCAAUGGAAAUCUGUCAGGAUUGAUUUUUUUUUAAAUACGACAGGAUUUCUCCUUUAAUUUGAUAUUUGGAGAACUGAACACCACAGGGUGAAACCUAAAUAGAAGAAAUGGCCAUGAGUAUUUGUUUGGAUAUAUUUACAAUUUCAAUUCGGAAGUCAGAAAAACUUCUAUUGAGGAAAUGAAGUGAGAUAAGUUGGAGAAAAUGACCAAGGCAUCUUUGCGCAGGAUGUACAUAUGAAGAUGUUCCCUCGAACCCUACAAUCAAGCUACUUCAUGCCGGAGAUAGUACUUAUGCCAGUACUGUACUAAACAUCUAUGGCUGACUUACUAUUUCGGUGCACAAGAGAGCGAAAAGAAAGGAGAGUAAGAAGUUAAAGGUGGGGUGAAGAACAAAUGGUAGAAGUUUCCAACACAUUUGCAUGCAAUGUCAAUUCAGCAGGGUCAAUUGAAGACAUGGGGAAAUGACCACCACCGGCCACUGCUGUUGCAAUCUAGACAGAAGAAAUGGAGGUAGAAAAUGGAUGGUGCAGAUUAUCGAACAAACAUGCAAGGUACAAUGAAAUGAAACAACAAUUUGAGACAGAGAAUAAAAGUAUCAAAGAAUAAUUCUUGCAAUGCCUCACCACUGUAAACUAUGAACCGAAUAUUUCACCAUGAUCAUCCAAAACCAGAUAAGAUCUUAGAUCCUUUAAAUGAUGUGACCUGUUGGCUGAAGCCUGUAGCCCGUGAGAACUGAUAAGUACAGUUAUUUCCUGGCAAUUAUUAAGACUCGCAGUUCUGCAUGUAAGGGUACGUGUAAGGGAAGUUUUUCCAUAAGGUGUGACCUAUAUAUUGCGGAAUUAGCUUCAAUGUACAAA